AUGAGGUUGCAAGAACUUCAAGAUGCUAUAAACAAACUUCCAUUGAGACAUCCAAUUGACGUCAAAUUGUAUUGGAGAGCUUCUGAGUUAGGUCAGAAGGUUUUAUAUGAAACAGGUUGCUUCGACGAUGUUUAUGAGAUAACAGGAGAAGUUUCUCAGAAGAUAAGAGACUCACUUGAAUUUCCACAAACUGGACCAAUUGGUUGCGACAAGUUCGACUCAAACGAAAAGAUAUACUAUGUCGACCUUAACGCUGCAUACAUGAGGUUUGUCCAAUAUAUUCCGACUGGAAUUCCAAACGAAGAUGGUGAGUUCCCGGGAAGGAACUAUACAGUUGGAAAAGUCAUACAACAACUGUAUGAUAUUAGGAAAGCUUCAAACCCCAAACUUGCAAUGACACUCAAAUUGCUUAUGAAUUCGACAUGGGGAUAUUCCAUUAAGAAACCUCAAGAGAUGAAGAGUAAACAUUAUGAGAAGGUCGACAACUUUGUUGAAAGGUCUUCUCCUUUUGUUUUGAAGUACGAAUUCACUCAAGGUCAAAGUGGCUUAGUAACCACAUUAAAACCUAUUGUCGAACAUUGGUCUUACCCUCAGUUCGCAAAGGCAGUCCUUGACAACUACAACAAAUUCUUCUCCGAAGUCAAAUCGAAAGUGAAGGUUUACUAUGAGAACAUUGACGCACUCAUGACGAACGAAGAAGGGUACAACAAACUCAUUGAAAUGGGCAUGGUCGGUGAGAAGAUGGGUCAAUUCAAAUUGGACAAAAUUUUCACCGAAGUUCAUGUCCUCUCCAAGCGUAAGUAUUGGGGCAUACUUGAAGACGGCACAGAAAUAAAACAUUGCAUGAAAUAA